CACAUGCAGACACAGACAGUGAGUCAGAAACAAAGAAGAAAAACCCUCGUGGGCUGCGAUUCGCCCUUUCUGGUGAACUCCAGACGUCAUACGCACACGGCUAUAGAUGGAGCUCGGGAGCCCAGGCCAGCCCAGUGCGAGCCCACGAGAGCUCCGCGAUGGUGGCGGCGGCGGGGGACGCGGUGGCUGCGUGGCCGAGGACGCGUCACCGGGGCCGGCUGUAACGGGAGAGCGCCCGUGAGCCGCAAAGGGCGAGGACAGAGCGGAGGGGCCCCGUUCUCUCCCGGGGAGGAGCCCCUCGGAGCCCUCCCUGCCCUUCUCCCUCCAGCUCAGCGCCGCGAGGAACGAUGAAAAAGAAUAAUUCGGCCAAACGGGGGCAACAGGAUGGAAACCAGCAAUCUGCGCAGCCCGAGAAGGUUGGCUGGGUGCGGAAAUUCUGCGGGAAAGGCAUUUUUAGGGAAAUCUGGAAAAACCGUUAUGUGGUGUUGAAGGGAGAUCAGCUUUACAUCUCGGAGAAGGAGGUAAAAGAUGAAAAAAACGUGCAGGAAACGUUCGACCUGAGUGAUUAUGAGAAGUGCGAGGAGCUCAGGAAGUCCAAAAGCAGAAGCAAAAAGAACCACAGCAAAUUUACCCUAGCUCACUCCAGGCAGCCUGGAAACAUGGCACCAAAUCUCAUCUUCCUGGCCGUGAGUCCAGAAGAGAAAGAGUCCUGGAUUAAUGCCCUCAACUCCGCCAUCACUCGUGCUAAGAACCGCAUCUUAGAUGAGGUCACUGUCGAAGAGGACAGCUACCUCGCCCACCCAACGCGGGACAGAGCAAAAAUCCAGCACUCCAGACGCCCUCCGACACGGGGACACCUGAUGGCUGUGGCAUCUACCUCAACCUCUGAUGGCAUGCUGACUCUCGACCUGAUCCAGGAGGAGGACGCCUCGCCGGAGGAGCACAGCACCUGCGAGGAGAGCUUCCGCGUGGACCUGGACAAGUCAGUGGCACAGCUGGCGGCCGGCCGGCGCCGCUCGGAGUCAGAGAACGUCAAAGCACCGGAGAAGGGCCGCACCGGCAGCCUGCCGCAACACGAGGUCACCUCCUGGGACAGACCCGCGCAGCGCAAAGACUCCUUGGACAAAGGGACCGUGUACACCCCGCAGGUCCCCAAAAAGCUGUCGCACUCAGAAAAGAAUAAAUGUGCCUCCAUGGAAGAGAUCCUGUCGCGGCGGGACUCGGCGCACCGUGCGGCGCUCAGGAGGGGCCUCGAGGCUCACUGCACCGCGGCGGAGCCGGAGCAGCUGUCCCGGCUGCAGGAACUGGUUGCACUGAAACUGGAAAAAACUCAGGAACUGCUGACAGAGGUGAAGGGCUACGGGGAAGGCAAGAGGAAGGCGAAAGACUGCACCGCCGGCACCACCACCUCCUCCUCCUCCUCCUCCUCCCGGUCGGACUGCGAGCGGAUCCUGCAGGAAUCGGAGCGGCUGCUGGGUGAAGCCUCCUCCACCUGGAGCCAGGCCCGGCGUGUGCUGCAGGAGGUCCGCGAGCUGCGGGAUCUGUACCGACAGAUUGAGCUGCAGCAGGUGGACUGCAACCCCAAACAGAGCUCACAGUACAGGAAGAGCAUGAUGUGAAGGCAAGCCUGGGGACAGGGGAGCGGGAGGGCUGUGCUUGGGCUUUUUUAUUAUCAUAAUUAUAUACAGUGUUCAAAUGAGUGAAAAGGUGCCUGGUAUCCGGAUUUGCUUCUCAGAGCUUGAAACCUUCCUUCCCUCCAUCACCCUGCGUGUUCCACUAAACCCACUGCAGUUCACACCUCCGUUUCACACUGCAGCCCCAGAAAGCACCGUGCCCUCCCUGUGCCCUGCAUGCCCCGAGCAGCCACGCACCACGCUGGGGACAGCACGAGCCCUGGCUUUGCUGCUCUAGAUCUGAGCUGUCCCCUGCGUCCUAGCUCCUUUGCCAGGAGCCUUGUCUCGCUCUUGGGAAUAAACAACUAAAAAUACAAACAGGUUUCCGUCCCAGCGACGCUUGCAAGUCCCCAUGAUCCAGGAAUUGCCUUGGAGGUGCUUGGGAGCUCGGUCUGACCUCAGGUUUCUGCAGUGGCUCUUGGAGAGUGUUUCCAGCAGGAGGGCAGCAGGGAUUCAACCCCAGCUCCAGCCUGCACUGCCAAACCCAACCUGGCAGCUCCACGUCUUCCAUUCUGUGCAAAUAGAGGAUGAAAGCCUUGAACCUAUCUGUUGGUGGGGUUGUUUUGGGGCUUUUUUUUUCCACUUAAAUUUCUUUUUUAUUAUUAUUGUUUUUUGCCCCUUUGGGGAAAUGGAAAAAUCAGGGUUGCCUAUAGGCAGCGGCUGGGUGUUGAGACGUCUCAGAGGCUUUCAAGUACACCAGUGUGGUAUCAUCCAAUUGUUACUUUUUUUAUUAAGAAACUUAAUUCCCUUGCAAAUAAUCCAUGGCAGUAUUAAAACCAACAGAGUUAUUUCCUGGUCGCAGGUGGUGGUGUCUGUUUUCUUUGAAUGGUGGCUGUCCUGUUGGCUGCACUGCUACCCAGCGCUGUGCUGCAAGGAAUGCAGUUCUGUUUGCUUUCAAUUAGCCCUCCCCCGACUUUCCUGCUGGAAUUAACCAUUAAAGUGCUGCUGUUGGCACCGGGUUGCUGAAGACUUCAUUAAAUGCAAACUUCCAGCCUGCCCUUUUCACCACUCCUGGCUCUGGUGUGGCUCAUUGCCCACUUUAAGGGACAGUGUUGAAGGGGCAGCACUCAUUCAUUCAAGCUCUGUUGCAGAGCUGCUACAGUGCAGGGGAACACAUUUCACCCACCCAGCACUUCUUUUAUUUUCUUCCUUGUUACCUUUUCUGUCUGCCUGGGUGCACCAGAGGAAAAAACAUAAUCCCUCAAAGAGAUUAAGGGAGAAUGCAUGUGAGCCACUCUGAUAAAACCCUUCCCAGACAGCUCUUUGAUCGGGAGAACAAGAAAAAUAUGCAAAUUCCAGGUGUGACACUGCAUUAAAAUUAGCCGCGUUUUCAAAGUAGUCUGAAACCUGGGGUCUGAUUUGUGCUCCUAGGGGUGGGAAUGGCCCCCAGGCGUGACGCACCAGCUUGAUGUCGCUGUGUGAGCAUGGAAGCACACCUGGCUCUGAGCGUGCGGGGCCCAUGGACCCCAACCAAAAACCAAGCGGUUUUAAAUGGUGAGAAUAAAAACGGGCUGCUGAACAGUCAGAGCAGGGAUUGGCCAUCGGGCAGUCAUCCAGAGCAGAAUUUUUUUUAAGUAACCGAAGUUUCCUGUAUUACUGUGCUCCUUCAACCAGGUUUUGGGACUGAAUCCCAUGUAAUGAGACCUGGGAUCUGGGCACAGCAUUGCCAUCCCUCGGGCUCUGAGACAAGGCAUCAAGCAGCAGGGCAGGAGCGUGGGGGGUCCGACCCUUCGGAGCAACCUGUGCAAGCCCUUUUUCUUGCAUUAAGGAACUUCAGAGGAAGUGAUGGGGCUGAGAGAAGAUGCACAGAUUUACCUGCCAGAAUGCAAUCCCAGCUGAACACGCAUGGUACAUUGUGCUGGGAUGGACACAACUUGAUUUAGGGUGAUUUUCCAUGUGUGCAGCAUAAUGUCCCAUCUUCAUAUUGGUCUCUCCCUCCCUUUCAUCACUGUUGAGCAGGUCUUAGGAAGGUUCAGAAUUUCCAAAGCUGACUGGCAACUGUCUCUCAUAAUAUGUUCCUGAUAGCGAGCAUCAUUUCUGCGGGGCAGAACGUACUGGGAGGGGAAAACUGUGCUCUUCACAAAAAUACCUAUAAAGUUAUCCAUAAAUUAGCAACCCCUGGCUGAACACACUGAGCAAACAGAAAGGAUAGAAAGAUAACUAGAUGAUACAAAUGAAAGGUUCUUUCCAACCAAAGCCAUUCUGAUUCUGUGAUCUCCCACCUCUUCUCCCAGGUGGGCUGUUGUUCUGCCCUCUUUUUAUGUUUUUAUGUUAAAAAUUAUUUCAAAUUUUUCAAAUCCCCCCAUCCAUCCGACUUCUGGGAUUAGAGCUGAAAAGCCAAUUAUGAGCAAGAAUGGCAGGUGCAUGGAAAACCGUGAUGCCAGCCAUCAGGUGCCACUGCACAAGCUCAGCAAAUGGGGCCAGGGGCUCCCAGAGUGGGAGUCAGCCCUGUGCCAUUCUCUGUUCUGCCAUGGAAAGGCAGAGGAGCUGGACACCGUAGUUCAGGACCUCACUUUCUUACUGAGUCACGUUGGAAAAGACUGGGUAGAAAUUCUGUUGUUUUUUUCUUCUUUGGAAAAAAGAAAAAAAAACAAAACAAAACUAUAAUAAACCUCUGCAAAGGAUUCCAGCAGUUUUGGAGUUGGAAUGUGCAGGAGGACGCUCAGCACAGUGACUUUGAGCCCAACCCAGCAGAUGCGCAGGAAGGUGAAGCCCUGCACACCGGGAACCUCUUCAUCAUCUCCAGGACACAAAGCCUGAUGUCUUCAAACCCCAUCAGCGCUUCUGCUUUUUUCAUGAAUGGCAUCAGGCAGCAAUUUUUUAGGAAGGCCGUGUUUUACUACAUGAGUUUUACCACAAGACAGCAGAUGAGUGGCAGAGCCUACCUGGAAGCCAAGAGCUUUUGUGUUUUGCUUUCAUCCCUGUGGUGGCCGCAUCUGCCCGCAAUGCUGCGUUGCACAUUUGGAGGAAUCGGGGAAAAUUCGCAAGGGAAGGAGGCAGGAAAAUCCUCAGUUAUUUACUGGUGUGGAGCAGCACUGGGGUCUCAAAGGAACUUCUGGAAAAAAGCAAGAAAGGCACCUGUCUGCUCCUCCUCCCGCUGCUGCUGUGUCUGCCACCGCUCCCUUUGCUGCCAGACUCCAGAGCUAUUGAAGACUUCUCCAAAUCCCCUUCCUCAGAUCUGCAUUCCCUUCUUUAUGCACAGCUGCAUUGUAAUGAGGAAGCUGCCCUUGAUCCAGCUGUGCGAUGUUUGUAAACCAGCUUGCACCUACUUACUGUCUUUUGCAAUACGAAACAGCUUUCCUUGAUUCUGUGGUAGGGAAAUAUUUCCCUGCUCCCCUCUUCAGUCUCUCUCGUCCCUCCAAAAAUAAACUAUAAAAAGGCAGAAAGCCUCCCAUAGAGCAAUCUUCAUCCCAGCUUGUAUUUCUGGGGCUUUCCUCUCGCCUUCACAUCCAGCUCCUGAUCUCAGAAGACUUCCUCUUCCCAACCCAGCUGCCCUUCACUGCCCAUCCGCCAGCACGGCAUUCCCCUUGGCUGGGGCGUAGUGCCCAGGGCCCCUGCCCUGAAUGAGCAGAGGUUUCAGAGGGCUGGGAGCUGUUUGCACCCAAGCCACAAGAACCUGAAGCGAACCAAAGGCGCAGGGAGGAACAAAGCAGGGACUUAAAGCUGCCUCUCACUGCAGCUCACCCCACAACCAACUGCCAGCCUUCUGGCAAAGCAAAGGAUCUCAGGGACUCAAGAGUUUUAGUUAUUUGCUAGAAGGUUGGUUUGGUCUGAAGGCAGUGCAGACAUCUGAAGGAUGCCAUGACACUUGCUGAAGAGCUUGGGGGGCAGUAGCAAGGCUACCCGAGAUCAACCUUCAUGUCUACCUUGCUGCAUGAGAAGGGAGCAUUCUCCUCUUCAUUUUCUGCAUCCAAUACUCAAAGGGAUCAAAUACUGUGCAAACUAGGACAACAAAUGGAAAGCUGGCCCUUGCCGUAAUGAAUUUUCAUGCCUAAUGAAUCAUAUGGGUUCUUCCUCUACAGUCAGAGCAAAAUACGUUUCCAAAAAAUCCCAGGAGGGAAUUUAAGGAAUUGGGUCCUGUCUUCCCCAAGAACAUAUCAGUGGUUUAGGAAUGAAAAUGCCUUUGUGUGGGGUGAUGGGGCAGGAUUCAUUUUGCCUGCUAUUCGUCCUUUCCCUGCCCAAAGCUGGUACCUUCAUAGACAUUAACCACUUCAGAUGCGUAGCAGGGGGUGGAUGAAUCACCUUCUGGAGGUACUGAUUUCUUUCCUUUACUGUAUGCAAGCCCAGACAGAGAAAGCUGAAGGAACCGAUUCCCACCUGUAAGCAAAAUGCCAUGUUGUGUCUCUAACUCCACGGACAGCCUUCGUUUCCACAUAUGUUGUACAAAGGGGCUUUGAAGGUGCUAUUUUUUG